UUUGGAUUUGAACAAUUGUCGCGCAGUAUUAAGUUGUGUGUCGUUCCGUUUGCUUGUAAGCUUUCGCGAUAUAACACUAAUCUAGUAGCAAGUGUCAAAUUUGCCAAGUGCUUACACUUCUAUCUAUAUAUUCAUCAAAAUAUAUAUAUAUAUACAUAUAUACAACCACCCAACCAGUCAACUCACCCACCCGCAUUUAUUUUUUUGUAAAGUGCGCAAUUCGUUUGCCAUUAAACCAAACCCUCAAGAGAGAAAGAUAAACUAAAAAAAACAGCACAAAUUUAAGAUGGCUUCCCCAGCACCAGCACUCAAGGAUUUGCCAAAGGUGGCCGAGAACCUGAAGAGCCAAUUGGAGGGCUUCAACACAGAGAAACUGAAGAACGCCAGCACCCAGGAGAAAAUCAUUUUGCCCACUGCCGAGGAUGUGGCCGCCGAGAAGACUCAAAAGUCCAUAAUUGAGGGCAUCACCGCAUUCGAUCAGACCAAUUUGAAGCAUACGGAGACCCAUGAGAAGAAUCCAUUGCCCGAUAAGGAAGCAAUUGAACUGGAGAAGGAGAAGAAUCAAUUCAUUGCCGGCAUCGAGAACUUUGAUGCGAAAAAAUUGAAGCACACCGAAACUAACGAGAAGAACGUGCUGCCAACCAAGGAGGUCAUCGAGGCCGAGAAGCAGGCCUAAAGCAGCAGCAGUUUUUUUUUUUUUUUUUUUUUUGGGGCAUUUGCUAACUA